AUGGCUCAACUAAGACCCCUAAAUCCUGAACUUGAAGAAAUUGCCCGCACGGAAUUAAAUGAAGUGAAAUCACGAAUUCCUGCCGAUUUGGAAGCCCUGCGUGAAUGGAUUAAAAAGGAACCCCACCUGAAGGCCCGCACCGAUGAUCAAUUUUUAAUUGCAUUCUUAAGAUUUUGUAAAUAUAGCCUGGAGAGUGCCAAGAAACGUAUCGACUAUUUUUAUACCUACAAAUCAUCGGCUAAAGAUCUGUUGAAAUCAAGACAUAUUGAUGAUAAGAUUAUCGAUAUUGCCAGAUCGGGGAUUUUCUGUACUCUGCCGAAGCCCAAAGGACCCGGUGGACCACGUAUACACGUUAUGCGUAUGGGUAAUAUUAAUCCUGCCCUACACACCGUGCAGGAUAUUUUCCGCUUUCAUAUAAUGCGUUGUGAAAUCGAAACGAAUAGCGAUGACAAUUGGAAUAUUGCUGGUGUUAUUGAGAUUAUGGAUUUCUCGAAGAUACCAUUUGGAAUAUUGAAACAAUUUGAAGCAAAUUUGUUCCGGCAAAUGUCAUCGGUACUGGAAUAUGGUAUACCAACAAAUUUGUUGGGUACACAUAUUGUUAAUGCCUCCAAGGAAGCGCAGCUUAUUUUGGGGAUCAUACGCAAUGUGAUGAAGCAAAAGGAAUUGCUCAACAUCCACCCAAAUUUGGAAUCUUUACAACAAGCCAUCGGCAAGGAGUAUUUACCCGCUGAAUUUGGUGGCACCAAUAGCAGUUUUGAUGAAUCCGAAAAGAAUUAUGAAAAACUUUUGAUGACCUAUAAAUCCUAUUUCGAUGAGGAUGACCAGUAUGGUGUGGAUGAAAAAUUGCGUCAAGGCGAAAAUGGAAUUAAUGAUUUGUUUGGUGGUAGUACCAGUGGUUCAUUCCGUAAAUUGGAUAUCGAUUAG